UGCCUUAUGUACAUGUGAGUGUAUUUUAACUCCUACAAUUCGAUGACAUAAAAAUUCUGUUACAAUUCUGUUCAUAGAAAGAUUAUGUUUUCUGCCAAGUUCGUUUUGAUAUCAUUCACUUCAGUUUUGUUCUUGAAUUCCAGGCAUAAAGUAUUUGUACGUUUAAGGUUAUUGGUAAAAUUGCAAGACUUUCUAUACUUUAUAAUCAUGGCAUUAACUGCAGAGCCCCUCACACUUGAAAGAGAUAUAAACAGAGCUUGUGAAUUGAUUGACAUAUUAAAGUCAAGUGGCCAAGUUCCCACCCAGAAGUUGGAGCAGUUGCAAGCUGUGUUACGAAGUGACUUUCUACAAGCUGUUCGUGAGGUGUACGAACAUGUUUACGAAACUGUGGAGAUUUCAGGCAGCCCAGAGAUCGCAGCAAACGCCACAGCCAAGGCAACAGUAGCUGCUUUUGCAGCCAGUGAAGGCCAUUCACAUCCUCGUGUGAUAGAAAUGCCAAAGACCGAGGAAGGACUUGGUUUUAAUGUAAUGGGCGGUAAAGAACAAAGCUCCCCCAUUUAUAUUUCACGUAUUAUACCUGGUGGGGUGGCGGACCGACACGGCGCUCUUAAACGUGGUGACCAGUUGUUGUCCGUUAAUGGAGUGUCUGUUGAAGGAGAAUGUCAUGAAAAAGCAGUUGAUCUAUUAAAAGCUGCACAAGGUAGUGUAAAACUAGUUGUGCGAUACACACCACGUGUGCUCGAAGAGAUGGAAAACAGAUUUGAACGAAUGAGGUUGUCACGGCGGCAAAAUCAAAACAGCACUGGGUAGAUUUCGCAAUUAAUAUUCGACAUUGUGAAACUUCUUAAAUACCCUUUGUUGUUUAUUAUUGCUACUAAUACGAUACUCUUAUCAUUGUAGUUUUCACAUGUUUAAUAUUGUGGUAUGAUUUUGUAUGUAAUCAGUUUAAUAUGUGGCAAAAUUGUUAUGGUGCUUUAAUUGAAUGCGAAACAACUUACAGUGCAUUUUUGAUUUGAACCUCUAUUACAAGACUAUUGUACUAUUGCUAAAUUUACGUUUUAUGGCUGUAUUUAUUUAAUUUUUGCUGCUUGUUUAAACUGGUUCAGUUUUAUAAUGAUUGCCAAGAAUAAUGAUACAAUUUUUUCAAAAUUUUAUUUUGCUGGGUGUGCUAUAAGAUAUAAACAUAAUUGUUUUGUGUAAAUUUCAAUUACUUAUUGUGUAUACAUUGUAUAACAUUAUCAACACAUACACACCUAUCUCUACUGCAAUUUGUUCUGCCAUUUUUCGAAAACGGAAGAUAUAGUGUUUAUGCUUACAAUUUAAAAAGAACAACUGAAUCAGAUUCCUGAUAUGUAAGUAUCAUCAUAUGCUAUAUUAUUGGUAAUAUAUACAUAAAUCAAUAAAUCAGCUGAUUGGGAA